CGUCAACGAAAUUCCAAUUUUCAAGUCGGAUUAGGCCACAUAUGUGACGAGAACUGCUGCCUGCACCGAAUAUUUAUUCUUCCCUUUCUUCCACUUCUUCCCGCACUUGUCUCAUCCUCCAAAGAAUUCCUCAUUGUGGGUUCUUUGUUUUCAUUCUUCAAUACAGAUUUCGGUUGCCUCUAAUCUUCCGUAUUGCCCGCUGCGAACGAUUGCCGUCCUUGCAGAUACCUUGACCCCUCGUAUCCCACGUAUAGCCUACCUAUCGUGACCGUCUCCGACGUCGCGCGAAAUGUUUGCAAGAAUCGAACAAUACCUCCUUGAUCAUGGCUGUGUCGAGAGCGCCGUAAAGGUACAAAAUACAGCCAAGAUAUUCGAGAUCUUCUAUCGGUCCAAAGGCCCGCAAAAGAAGUGGAUUAAUCGGCAAUUGGAUAAUGAAAUUGCAAGGAUGGCCAUGAUUCAAUAUGAGAUUGGAACCGACCAAAAGAGGCUCGAACUCGAAAAAAGGCAAAAAUUCAAUGGGGACCUAACAGAAGAAGAGAAAAAUGAACUGGAGGGCCAUAAAGCGAAGAUGGCGAGUUAUAACAAAAGAUGGUGGUUUCUAAAUCAAAAGUACCAUUCGCAUCUAUUUAACAAACCCAAAGGCUCUUACAUCCGAGAAUUUGAUUUAUACCAGAAUGGGUACGUGUCAUAUACACAAGAAGAAGUUCAGCGCGCGUGUAAAGCCAUAGGUGGCUGUUGUGCAUAUGAUUGUGGGUGUUGUUACCGGGAGAGAGAAUCGUCGAGGAAACCUGGGCUAUUUAUGCAUUGCAGAGAAGGCUGUAUCUGCUGUCAGCGAAGAAGAAAUCAACGUGAUACUACGGAGAUUCUUGAUCUUGAGAGAAACCAGAGGGCCUGGGAUAUUAUGGCUUAUGAUUACUGUUCUAUCAACUUGGAGAAAAGACUAUAGGUGCAAUAAAACAUGCGAAUUGAAUAAUGUGUUAGAUCCAGCUAGGACCAGACCUCUGAGGAGUUCUCCUUUUUGGUCGAGUCGUCUAGUCGACUUCCGAUAAAUA